UCGGAUAGUUAGAUUGAGCGACCCGAAGUUGAGCGAAGGCCCACUAUUUCCGUGCUUGUUCACAGUACGUUGUAAUUGUUUUGCACCCCUAGCCACCUUUCCCCGCCAUCUCUUCAUUCCAGAGGCGGCGCCACCGCUCCACAGCCGAGGCCGACACUCCUUUCAGUUAUCACUCAUUCAAUUCCUUGCUAAUACUUACCUCUCAGCUAUUUAUCUCUCUCUCCUGAAACAACCCUAAAACCCCAAUUAAACCCUCUUUUACAGCAACUGAAGUUACAAAUUUGAAUUUAAAGAGGCAUGGGCCGUUCGAAAACACCUUCAAAGAAGCCACAAGCUCGUGGUGUGGAUUUCAAGAAAUUCAAAAGGAAGUUGGGCAGGAAGUUGCCGCCGCCUAAAAAUGCUACUAAUACUGAAAUUAAAUCCAAAGUUUUAAUUCUUCCGGAGCAGAGUGUUGCAUUGGAUAAGGAGGGUGUACCUGUGAGCAAGAAAGGCCUGACACUGAAGGAGUUGCUGCAGCAAACAUCUCAUCAUAAUGUCAAAGUUCGUCGAGAGUCAUUAUUAGGUAUUAGGGAAUUAUUGCUCAAGUUCCCAGCGGAGUUGAAGAUGCAUAAGAAUGCUGUUAUAGAGAAAUUGCGUGAACGUAUCAGUGAUGACGAUAAAGUAGUUCGUGAAACUCUGUAUCAACUAUUUAAGGCUAUUAUCCUCCCAGGGUGCAAGGAGGACAUUCAGGGUGCUCCUAUAUCUCUAAUUAUGGCCUAUAUAUUUAAGGGAAUGACACAUUUAGCAAUUGAUGUUCGCUUUAUGGCUUUCAAAUUCUUCGAUCUUGUGGUUCAGAAUUAUCCUCCAGCUUUUUCCACAUAUGCAGAAAAGGCUUUAGAAAAUUAUACGGAUCUACUACAGAAGAACCAAUUCCAUUUGGAGGACAAAAACAAACUCAAGUUUGCUCUUUCUUCCCUUGUGCGUUGCUUGUCAUUGUUGCCAUCAAACGAAAGAGGAGUUCAUUCUUCUGGACAGACCACUGCUGAAAAAGAAGUACUGCAUGCUUUUGAGAGAGACGUGCCUAAAGAUUCUACUGGGCAUAUUCUGAUUGUUGGCAAAUUGAAGGAUCUUGUGCCUGUUCUGGUCAAUUGCUUCUAUGGCUUAAUGUCGGAGGCCUACUCUCAGCCCCAACUUGACUCACAUUAUUUCGACUGCAUGCUAUCUAUACUUCAGAGCGUAGAUCUAGUUGUUGGGUACAAUGUGUACGGAAUUGGCAAGUAUCAACAGGAACUACUCACUUCAAUGUCCUCUAAUUCAAGAGCAGAUAUCUGUCUACAGGAUGAGAAGUUCCCUUCUCUGCUGCUGGAUAGACUUUUUGCUGUUUUCCCCAUGCAACCAACUCGUUCUCUUUCUGAGGAGAAUGAUCACCAUGACCGCAGAUAUUAUAUAUUAAAUGCUGUAAUAUCCCGAAUAUUUUUCACUUUCAACCAACACAUCUGCCCGCUUCCUGUUUUGUGCGGUAGAUUCUUGAGCUUCUUAACAAAUUGGCUUUUUGAGAUAUAUAGAAGUAAUGUUUCUGAUAAAGCAUUCUAUGACAAGCAUCUGCCUUCACUGAUUCCUUUUAUUCCAUUUCUGGUAUCAACCGUAGAUGAUCAGGAGCAUCACCUUCUUAAGGCUUUCACCACAGCGUUUGGAAAUUGCAGUCCUGAAUCCUCAAUGAAAAUGGCUUGCCUGGAAGCAGUCGAAGAGAUGCUAGUUCUUAAACAAGAAAUCCUAUUUUCCGAUGCGGGUGAUAAAGAAAUACUGGACUGUCAGAGGACUUGGAUACACGAGAUUGGGCUGCUGCUGAAUUCAAAUGUCAAUCGAAAGCCAGCAAGCUUCCGUGCAGUAUUGCAUCUUUUGCUUCGCCUAGGGCAGAUUGGACUAUCAAACAGUGAUCUUGCAGUGGAAUAUGACAAACUUCAGGAUGAGCUGCAAAAGUAUUAUUGCAUAACCACAGAGAAUGGUCAUAUAUGCUAUGGCCCUUUUAUGGAACUUCCAAAGGAAUCCCAAGAACUUUCCAUUUGCUGUCUCUAUUACUUUUCUUCUUUGAACAGACAUUUACUUGCCUCACUGGCGUUAUGCUGCUUAUCUCAUUCCUUGGGGUCCUCAGUAUUAUUUCGGAUCAUAGAAGUCCUACAUUCAUCUUAUAAAGCUGGUCACAUCCUUGUCGUGGACUAUAUCAGCUUCUUGGUCACUUUACUUUCACAAUAUGAAAUAUCUCCGGAGAAAACCUGUAGCGAUGUGGAGAAAGAGGCUAACUUAGCCACUUUUAGAUCUGUCACUGGACGUAUCUGCUGUUUCCUAAGUCAGAUGGGAGAUCCAUCACUACUUCUUCAGAUAUUAGAGGAUGUGGUGCUUGAUCAUAUUUCACAGGAAUUACCAGUGCAUAACGCUUGUGCAUUGAUGGGAAUGCUUAUAACAGUGGACUCAAGACCAACCAGACUUUCAGAGAAAAGUAUCAUCAAGCUUGGCAAUAUUGUUUUGAGUUACAUGAUUGAUGUUGCACUUUUGUUUCCGGAACACGAGGAGGACAAAAUGGCGUGGCAUGAUUAUCUCCUUCCUUGCUUUUUUCUGUUGGAUAGAAGUUCCAUGUUUCGUAAACUUCUGCUAGAUAACAUGGGAUCUUUGAUUGGAGAAUCUGGUGAAUUACCUUUCUUAAGAGAAACUCAACUUACACGAGAUCAUCCUAGGAAAAUAAAGGCUAUUGUUUCCAUUAUUUCAAUGAUGUCCAUGGAUGUCAAAAUGCGAAAAGUUCUUUCUUCAUGCCAGACAGAAAUCGAUAACAUUUUUCGGAGCAUACUCUUGAUACAGCAGUCCUCCAUGAUGAGCAGCAUGAACAUUGAACAGAAGCAUCAGGUACAAAGUUCUGUAGAGAGGUUGAACAAUAAGGUCAGUGGCAUAUUCAGCAUGACAUCCUGAUAUCAAAUGCAGUUUCAAGUCAAGCAGUACAGCUUCCCUAUCUAAAUCCUGGUGUCAUGCGGGAUCAUCACCAUAAAUAUUGCGGCUAUUUCACCAAAUACACCUAAACUUAAUCAUAUACUUCUCCAUGCAACAGCAGUCAACAUGGAUAUAAUUCAAAUAGAUCUUAUGUGCACCAUGUCGAGUCAGAUCUUUAGCGGGAGCAAUGUUGAGGCUAAGGCCAAUAUAGUCGUCGUCGCCCACACAAUUUUGUUAGGUAUAUGCUAAACUUGUCCCUGUGUUUUAGACUUAGGUUUAUUCUCACUGUUAAACAUACAUGUCUUCUUAUAUACAGAUCCUUUCACAUUUUAGAUGUUUGGACAUUUUCAUGUAUUAUGAUCGAUCCCUUCUAAAUUCUUACCCUUUAAAUACAAAGCUGCUUUAUAUCCAAUGAUACUACAGUAAUACUUUGUAUGAUACUACCGUAAUACUUUGUAUAUAAUUGUAGAGAAAUUUAUUUUCAUAUUUUCUGGCAAAUUAUCAUUCUGGUGUUUUUCUAUAAAACUUGCACGAUUUCAGAA